GCUUCCGCGCCCCGCCCGCCGCCAACCCGCUCGCCACCAUGUCCGUGGAGCUCGAGGAGGCCCUGCCGCCCACCACCGCCGAGGGGGCGGCCCGGAGGGCGGCCAAGGCGGGCGGCGCGGCGGCGCCGGCCCCGGCCAAGAAGCGCAAGAGCAGCAAGAAGAAGAACCAGCCGGGCAAGUACAGCCAGCUGGUGGUGGAGACCAUCCGCCGGCUGGGCGAGCGCGGCGGCUCGUCGCUCGCGCGCAUCUACGCGGAGGCCAAGAAGGUGGCGUGGUUCGACCAGCAGAACGGCCGCACCUACCUCAAGUACUCCAUCAAGGCGCUGGUGCAGAACGACACGCUGCUGCAGGUGAAGGGCACCGGCGCCAACGGCUCCUUCAAGCUCAACCGCAAGAAGCUGGAGGGCGGCGAGCGGCGCGGGGCCUCGACGGCCGCCCCCGCGCCCGCGCCCGCCGCGCACAAGGCCAAGAAGGGCCCGGGCGCGGCCGCGCCCCGGCGCGCGGACAAGAAGCCGCCCAGGGGCCCGCAGCCCGAGGCGCGCCCGCACAAGAAGGGCGCCGCGCCCGCGCGGGACAAAGGCGGCCGGGCCAAGAAGGCGGGCGGGGGCAAGAAGGUGAAGAAGGCGGCCAAGCCGAGCGUCCCCAAAGUGCCCAAGGGCCGCAAGUGAGCGCGCGCCCGGCCCCCGCACGCCCCCCGCACGCCCGCGGCGCCGGCCCCGCCCGGGGCCUCCCCGACCCCGUAGCGUUUUUGUUGUUGUUUGCUUUAGAUUUUUGAAACGGCCCCGGCGACGCCCCUAUUGGCUCUCGCCCCUGGCAACGGCUGUCGCCAUGGUUACCGCCCCCCGGGCGCCAAUGGCCGCGGCCUCG